UUGCAAGCUAUUGGAGCUCUAAAUUGAGUGCUACCGGUGCCAAUGGUCCUCUUGGUCGGAUGCAGUGGACAUAUAACCAGAGAUAAUUUGUUUUGCCAGGAUCUCAGUCUCUUCCCCUUGGAGGAAGUCUUGCAGCAAGAGGCAGAACGAAGGAAUAGUUCCAAGAGGUAAUGUUGUCGAAGAUUCUUUCCUUUUUGAUUUGCGAUGGCAAAUAUAUCAUUUCAUUUCACUACCACUGAGCUGUUGCUGCCUGCGACAAUUACUAGGCUCCGUUAUUUAUUGAGGUGCGUGCGCCAGUGGGCUCAUUAAUAGUAUAAGGAUAUCCAUGCUUUCAGAAUUGCUUCGUGUCGUGGCUCAGUUAUCAUUAUCUUUCUUCAUUUUUUAUUGUCUUUGUCCAUGCUUUCAGAAUUGCUUCACGUGGUGAUGGCUCAGAUAUCAUUUUCUUUCUUUAUCUUUUUUCUUUCUUUUCAUUUUUUAUUGUCUUUGUCCAUGCUUUCGGAAUUGCUUCAUGUGGUGAUGGCCCAGAUAUCAUUUUCUUUCUUUCUCUCUUUUUUUUUUCUUUUCAUUUUUUAUUGUCUUUUGUCCAUGCUUUCAGAAUUGCUUCAUGUGGUGAUGACUCAGAUAUCAUUUUCUUUCUUUUUUUUCUUUUUUUUUAUUGUCUUUGUCCAUGCUUUAAGAAUUGCCAUAUCAUUUUCUUCCUUUUUUUUCUUUUCAUUUUUUUUAAAUUGUUUUUGUCCAUUCUUUGAGAAUUGAUUCAUGUCGUCGUUGCUCCGAUAUCAUUAUCUCAAUACAUUUAUCGAAGUAAAAAAAAAGCUAUGAGCUGAUUGAAUCACCUCGGCGUUUUCCUGAGGGUUGAGGUGGGCGUGUCACUAACCUGAUUUGUGGAACCCGUUCGUUGGGUUCCACCACGUGCCUCCAAUGUCAUGUCGGUGAAAGCCCACAUCGACCAUCAUUCUAUAAAUCUGCACUCUCCCUCUAACGGUGACACAACUUUCAGCAGCACAGUAUGGUAUGGGUCGAAGAAGUCACCUCCAUGCACUUGAUACUACUAUGUUUGAUGUUACCUUUGACACUCCUACUUAUUGUCAACAUUACCGCAAGGAGGCGGCGGAGGCUUCCCUUACCGCCGGGGCCAACUCCACUACCCAUCAUAGGUAACAUGUUACUGAUGAACCAACUCACCCACCGCGGCCUCGCCAGGCUCGCCAAACUCUAUGGCGGCCUCCUCCACCUUCGCCUUGGCUUUGUCCACCACUUCGUGGUGUCCACGCCGGACGUCGCCCGACAAGUCCUCCAAGUGCAAGACAGCGUCUUCUCCGACCGCCCGGCCACCACCGCCAUCGUCUACCUCACCUACAACCGCUCCGACCUGGCCUUCGCCCAGUGCGGCCCCUACUGGCGCCAGAUGCGCAAGCUCUGCGUCACGAAGCUCUUCAGCCGGAAGCACGCGGAGUCGUGGCUCUCCAUCCCUGAGGAGGUCGAUGCGGCCGUCUGCACCGUCGCCAAGCACGCCGGCUCUGCUUUCAACGUCCGCGACCUCGCGUUCACUCUCACCAAGAACAUCGUCUUCCGGUCGGCGUUUGGGAAGCGGAGCGACGAGAACCAGGAGGAGUACAUCGCCGUCGUCCAGGAGAUCGCCACACUCUUGGGAGCCUUCAGCGUGGGCGACUUCAUCCCAUGGCUUAGCUGGAUGGAUCCGCAGGGCAUCAACAAGAGGCUGAGGGUGGCACGAGCGACACUCGACCUCUUCAUCGACAGGAUCAUCGAUGAGCACAUGGCGACCGACGCCGCCAACGCAGACAUGGUGGGCGUCAUGCUCGCAUUCCUCGAGGAGUCUUCUCACCACCACCGACAAGGAGAGGGAGAUGAUCUCAAGGGAACGCUCAGGCUGUCGAGGGCCAACAUUAGGGCUGUAAUGAUGGACGUGAUGUUUGGCGGCACGGAGACGGUGGCCAUCGCCAUCGAGUGGGCCUUGGCCGAUCUACUUACCAGCCCUGAUGACCUGAAACGAGUGCAAGAAGAACUAGCCAUGGUUGUAGGACUCCACCGGAAGGUCCACGAGAGCCAUCUCGACAAGCUCUCCUUCCUCAAAUGCGCCAUAAAGGAGACGCUACGUCUCCAUCCCCCGUUCCCUCUCCUCCUCCACCAGACUGCCGACCACUGCGAGGUCGCCGGCUACUCCAUUCCUGCUCGGUCGCCAGUCAUGAUCAACGUAUGGGCCAUCGGCCGCGACGAGUCGGCAUGGAAGGACGCCGACGCAUAUCGACCGUCACGAUUCGCUCCCGGCGGCGACGCGGCCGCUCUGGACUUCAAAGGCAACUGCUUCGAGUUCUUGCCCUUCGGGUCCGGCCGGCGGUCCUGCCCGGGCAUGCAGCUGGGCAUGCACGAGCUGGAACUCGCGGUGGCGCAGCUGCUGCACUGCUUCACCUGGGCGCUGCCCGACGGCAUGAAGCCAACCGAGCUCGACAUGGAGGACGUGUUCGGGCUGUCGGCACCGAGGGCGGUGCCGCUCGUGGCCGUCCCCACACCCCGACUCAGUUGCCCACUGAAUUGAUCGUCUCUUUCUUGGAUUUGGUUUCCACGAAAUAAUGAAAUAAAGAAGCGGCAUUUCGGUAGCUUUCCACUGUACACACCAUUAAGCUUCCCUCUGUUCGCAGUGUUUCAUAUAUGCAAUAAAUGAAGAGCUUCAGCUCUUUCCUGUAAUACCCUCUUCAUCAGCUGCCAAGAGUUACAUAAUGGUGAUCGCCAUUAAAGAUAUAACUCAUACAGACAUUUAUCGUUAUCGUAUAAUGGUGAGAUCAGAAAUGUUGUCUUCGCUCC